AUGACCAUCCUCGAGGGCACAGCCACGGUAAUAACCCCAACCACUCCGUCAACCACAGACAUCACAGACAACCUCACCACCAUCACUGCCAUUAUCGCUGCCCUCAUCACUGCCACCAUCACCAUCAUCACCACCACCACCACAGGAAUCACAAUGGCCACCACCGAAGAAUCCACAGUGACAGUACCAAGAGCCCUACUGACGAAAUAUACCAAAUCAGACAGCACCCAAGGACACCAACUACACAUCACACAAGCAGUCAAAGCAGACAGCCGUCAAGAAACCACAGCAGCCAACCCUCAAGCCACAGCAGACAACAUUCCAGAAGCCAAAGUAGACACCAUUCCACAAACCAGAGCAGGCACCACUCCAAAAAUCAGACUCGACACCAGCCCAGAAGACACAGCCGACAACACCCAAGAAGCCAAAGUGAUCUCCCUUCUAGAAGUGACAGUGGAAACCAUGCCAGGAGCCACAGCGAAGGAGAUGAAAGGAGCUACAGACAUCACUCAAGAAGCCGAAGUGGACACAUCAGGAAUCACAGAGGACACCACAUCAGGAGCCACAGUGACCAUGAAGGAACAAGCCACAGUAGACAUCAUGCCAGGAGACACAGUGGACACAACACUAGGAACUUCAGUGGAAACCACAUCAGAAGCCACAGUGGACACCAUGUCAGGAGGCACAGUGGCCACAACACCAGGAGCCACAGCAGACAUCAUACCAGGAGCCACAGCGAACAUCAUGCCAGGACCCAUAGUCAUUCCAGGACCUACAGUGAUCAUGAAAGAAAGAGACAUAGUGAACACCAAAUCAAGAGUUACAGUGACCAUGAGGAAAAGAGCCACAGUGUACACCAUGCUAGGAGACACAGUGACCAUGAAGGAAGGAGGCACAGUGGACACCAUGGCAAGAGACACAGCGACCAUGAAGGGAGGAGCCAUAGUGGAUAUCACACCAGGAGACACAGUGACCAUGAAGGAAGGAGCCACACUGGACACCACGCCAGGACACACAGUGACCAGGAAGGAAGGAGCCACACUGGACACCACGCCAGAACACACAGCGACCAGGAAGGAAGGAGCCACACUGGACACCACGCCAGAACACACAGCGACCAGGAAGGAAGGAGUCACAGUGGACAACACGCCAGGAGACACAGUGACCAUGAAGGAAGGAGCAACAGUGGACACCACCCGAGGACACACAGCGACCAGGGAGGAAGGAGCCACAGUGGACACCACACCAGGAGACACAGUGACCAUGAAGGAAGGAGCCACAGUGGACACCAUGCCAGGACACACAGCGACCAUGAAGGAAGGAGCCACAAUGAACACCACCACAGGACAUACAGUGACCAGGAAGGAAGGAACCACAGUGGACACCACACCAGGACACACAGUGACCAGGAAGGAAGGAACAACAGUGGACACCACACCAGGACACACGUUGACCAGGAAGGAAGGAACCACAGCAGACACCACAUCAGGACACACAGUGACCAGGAAGGAAGAACCCAUAGUGGACACCAUGCCAGAAGACACAGUGACCAGGAAGGAAGGAGCCAUAGUGGACACCAUGCCAGGAGACACAGUGACCAGGAAGGAAAAACGCACAGUGAUCAAAAAGAAAAGAUCGACAGUGGACACCACACUAAGUGCCACAGUGACCAAGAAGAAAGGAGCCACAGUGCACACCAAGCUACAAGGAAAAAUGGACACAGUGCUAGGAGCCACAAAGGCCAUCAUAUUACACGCCAGAGUGAACAUGAAAAAAGUAGUCAUAGUGGACACCACACAAGCAGAAAUGGACACCACACAAAGAGCCACAGUGAUCAAGAAAAAAAGACCCAUCGUAGACAGCAGCCUAUAA